ACCGCUUCUGUUUCUCCAAUACUCAACUAGCCGACAUACAGACUUUUGAAAGCUCUCUAUAUCAUUAGGCUACAAGUAUUUCUCUUUUAUAUUGGAACAACCAUGUCCCAGGAGACGGGACUCUGGAGUGUUCGGCGACCACGAGAAACCCUUGGUGGCAUCAAUCCUAACUCUGCUAUACCACAACCCGCAUCAGCAAUGAAGAGAUCAAAUUCAAUCGGACAUGGAGGGGGAUUUGGAGGUAGCCAUAUGCGAUCGGUAUCGGGAUCUAGGCAAUCCCUUGCGCUCGGGCGCUCCAGCCAACAUAUGUUCUCCCGAUCGUCGUCCGGUACGAACCUAGCCGACAUGGGAAUGUCUUCAGUAAAGCGCUCGUCAUUCCAGAAUGUUCCCGGCUCUACAAUAAAAAGUUAUGCUUCCGGUGGUGUACCGAUGCGAAAUUCGGAGAACGAACGGAGGAGCAGUGUCUAUCGUUCCCGAACCUCGACAAACGGCCCCGGGAAUCACCAGAGCUUUUUCCAGCAAGCGCCCCAAGCAGCUGGUGUACCGCGCGAUCCACGACCGUUGAAGGACCGCUCAUUCCAAGCGCGAAUAGGCCAGGAACUUUUGGACUACUUAUCGCAACACAACUUUGAAAUGGAAAUGAAGCAUACUCUAUCACACAAUAUAAUCAAAUCGCCGACCCAGAAGGACUUUAACUACAUGUUCCAAUGGCUAUACCACCGUAUUGAUCCGAGCUAUCGCUUCCAGAAAAAUAUCGAUCAAGAGGUCCCUCCGAUUUUAAAGCAGCUGCGUUAUCCUUAUGAGAAGAGCAUCACCAAAUCACAAAUCUCUGCGGUAGGUGGCCAAAACUGGAGCACCUUUCUAGGAUUGCUCCAUUGGAUGAUGCAGUUAGCACAUAUGCUUGAGGGCUAUUCGUCUAAUCGCUACGAUGAAGCCUGUAUAGAGAGUGGAAUAGACGUUAUUAGCGAUCAUAUUGUUUUCGACUUUCUAAGCUCAGCGUACCGGGAUUGGCUUGCUAUGGAUGAGGAUGCCGGUGACGAUGAUGCUGAGAAAGUACUUGGACCCCACGUGGAAGAUAUGGCGGGGGCUUUCGAGAGGUCUAACUCCAAGUACCUAUUGGAACUUGAGACGCUCGAAGCGGAAAAUGCCAGGUUACUCAAGGAGAUUGAGGAUCUCGAGAAGUCUACUCCAGAUCCUCGUGUUCUCGACAACCACUUCAAAAUUAUGGAGGAGGACAAGGUCAAGUUCGAGGAGUAUAAUGCAUUAGCUUUAUCGAGAUCUGACAAAUACGAAAGCCGCAUCCAAGUUUUACAAGAAGAACUUGACAAACUGAUGGAGGAACUAAGGGAAGCAGAGGAAGAACGCCGCGCAUUACAGAAGGAGGUUGACGACCAAGGUAUCAGCAUGCAGGAUAUCGACCGCAUGACUUCCGAGCGAGAAAGAUUACAGAAGGGUAUAGAGUCUGCCACCCAGCGACUUGACGAUGGCAAAAAGAAGGUAGCGGAGAAGGAAAUGGAAGCCAGCCGUAAGCUCGACGAGCUAGAGAGACUUGUUGACAAGUACAACACGCUCGCUUACCAAAUCGGCCUCAUUCCUGCGACGGCCGUCAAUGCUAAGGGCGUUACAUACGAACUAGCAGUGACCGUCAAUGAGUCGGACUUUACAGGCUCUAUAAUGAAGGGAUCAUACUCGGGUGGAGGGGGAAGCGAACGCCUACUUGCCGAUUCUGUGACGGGCUACCAGCCAGCACAUAUCCUCAACCUGGAACUGCGCGGACACGUUAAGAACAACUUCCUAGCUUUGCGCAAGGAUAUCUCGGAGCGACGGACUGCGGCUAUGGAUGCCAUGAUGAAGGACCACGAUCUGCUUGACGGCAUUAAGGAGGCAAUCGAGGACAAGCGGAACGAGGUCGAGGCUCUGGAACACAGAGUCAGGGCAGCAGAAGAGGAGUACGAGAAGACAAAGGAGGUCACUACGACGCAGAAACUUGCCUCCGAUGCGCAGAUCGAGAAGAUGGAGAAGGAACUCGCCAAGAUGCGAGCUCAGCUCACCGAAUCCGUACAGCUUAUGGAGCAGAGGGAGAUGAACACAAACAUCGAAUAUGAACAAUUAACCCUCCGAGCCAACGCGCUACGCGAGGAACUACACACAGAGAUCGAGAGGAUGCUCAACGACAUCAUCAAGUUCAAGGUGCACAUCCAGAAGAACCUAGAAGACUACGAGGGCUUCGUGACGGACGAGCUCGAGAAGGAGCUCGGCAGCGACGAGAUGCAGGAUGAUACCCGCGGUGUUGAUAUUUGAUUUUUGCCCGGCUGAACUUGCGUUUUAAUUUUCACGAUGCUAUGCUGUACGGAGUUCGGUUGGAUGGGUGCGGAUGAUGACCGUAAUGAGGAUUCGGUGGACGUUAUUGAAUACGGGCGGGAAUGGAUGCCUGAUGUAUGUAUGUAUGCCCGCGUGCUUGUGGAUAGGAUAGAGCGCAGGUUUCAAUAUAUAAGUAACAGCAGAAA